CAUAAGAGCACCAAAUGUUAAUUCUAGCCCGAGGCUCGAAGAGGCAGGGUUCAGGUCGCUCACAUGCAAGAGCUCGGACCACAUCAGCGCUUGCCCGGUGCCGGCCGUGUAUUUAAACCUCGAUUUCUGCUCCAGCUUUCUCGGCUUCGACACUUGACAUCCAGCAUCCGUCGGAGUGGGCUACACGCGAUGUCGUAUCCCAAAUUCAGACGGCCAAAGUCGGCCUUGAUCACACAAAAUUCGCCAAUCAGCGCCGAAGAACUCCGCGAAGGACUCGCUACGCUUCCACAAGAGUUGUACGACAACAUCUACGACCUGACAUUCACUGCGGCCGAUGGGGUUAGAGACCUCGGUGAGAUCGAGUCUAGUCAAGAAAGCAGAUUUCAUUUCGCACGACUUCGAUUCGCACAUCGCAAUUUUAGGCCAUCUGCCGUCGAAGUCUUUCGCGAAGAUCCAGGAGCACCUUUCACCGGGAAAGACAGUCGCACGCUGCUCCAAGUCGAUCGCGCAAGUCGCCGGAAAUUCGCGGCGUCCUAUUACGGCGGAGUCUUUUUGGCGCGAAACAGAUUGACGGCGGUGACGUGGCUUAGGUCAGUCUCUCUACAACACAGAGCACUCGUGCGGGAGAUGUGGGUGAUGGAUUCUUUCCUCCAAAGCAGCAGAGGUCCCUCUCGGCGAGACGGCGGCUUUAGACGAGUGCAAUACAUUCGCUUUGGUCCUCCUGAGCAGAUCGAACUUCAAUUUGGCCACAGGCAUCCAGGACUUCAGUUGCCGCCUCAGUACAGCUUGGAAAGUGCUCGGAGGAUGAGGCCAGAAAUAGAGGCCAUGGUGUUAGAAAUGUUGCGAUCAGGAAGCGAGUGGAGCGAUCAUCGGGCACCCCGUCGCCAACGAGCACGGAUCUUGGGGGAGUAGAGGUGGCCAAGGCCAAGGCGUGAUAGCUGGGAGGAACAAAGUGAAGCACUUCUGGAAAUGUGUCUUGAAGGGCGCUGUUCAUUCCGAAUGGCCGUGUAAUGCUAGUCAAGGAGCAAGAGUUCGUUGCUAGAUGUCUGCGAUGGCCGUCGUUCGAGGGAUUCGAUUAAUGGUCUCGCAUCCAGGGGAGAAUCUGCGACUGGCCAAGUGGUGGAAAGAUGCUGUGACUGUG